GUGCAAAUGGCCAUCUUUGACGAAAACUGUCCCAUCGAUUGAUCACACCCACACAUACAAAUCGCCAAGUCGCUGUGCGUCAGCGUCUCGAGAGAUGGCGGUCGCCAUGCAUGACAUCGAUCAUGUCAACAUCACCCACACCCACACCAACAUCCACGCACCGAAUUGACGUACGUAUGCACAACCGGGCUUCCUAAUUAAUUAGCUGCAUGUUUCUCUGUCCAACAUUCAUCCGCCCGUCCACCCAUGCGUGCUGCGCCCGGCUACCUGAGCGACUCCUUUUGGCGAUAGGUAGGAAGUAGAAAGGACGCAGCAACCAAUGCUACAUAGGUGUACACACACCUUCGCACAUAAAGUCCAAUGUGGCUGGAUGCUCCACGCACCCCUCAUGCACACCCAGCCACCCAGCCACCCACCCGGUACACGCAUCAGGGCCAAGACAAGUACGGCGACAGCUUCCGCUUCUCAGAAAAAGCACUCUCCCUUCUCAUCUGCACCUCCUCACCUCUCUCGCGUGAUAGAUAAAGUGAGGAUAGAUGACAAGGGGUGCCGGUGACAGUGAUACAUACGGCUACUAACGAUCCAGCCCGACUCCCAUCUUUGUGAGCGAGCCUUUGAUCAUGCAUGUACUGCUGCUACGAAGGUGGACACAUCCACACACGCACACACACACACACACAUGCGAUAGAGAAAUAGAAACCAAAACGUGCGGACCUACCUGUGGCUACCUACCGAUCUGUCUGUCUGUCUACACAAAACCCGUACACAGGUCCCCCCUCUCUCUCUAAGGCCCCGGUGACAGGACAGCCUUCUGAUACAUGUUCUGCACCUCUUCGCUGUCAAACGAGGCGCUCUCCUUCUUCCGUAGCCAACCCAUUCGCUGAUGCUUAGCCGAUGUCUCCUCAACAAUGUCGAACGUGUUGUUGAGGCGUUUCGCGAUCUUGCUCUUGAAGCGCUCGAAGUCGUGCAGCAGCAGCUUUGAUGAGGUGUCGGUGUACUUGAGGGUGUGCAGCAGGCAUGCGAGGCGGUAGCGGCCGUCCAGCAGGACGACGUCGUAGUUGGUGACGUUGCGAAACGUGUGGAUGGUGUCCAUGGCCUCGAUAUAGGGUGCUCGGAAGGCCUUGACGGCCUCCUUUGGCUUGUCUUCAGGGUAGCCAAGCCUCUUCGUAGGCGUGUACCUGAACACACACACACCGGCCAAGGAGAACACCAUGCAUGUUGAGUUUUUGUGUCACACAUGAACGGAUGUUGUCCUUCUACCUGUUAGAGCAGAUGUAGACGAGCCGUCCCGCCUUCUCGAGCGUACGCAUGGCGUGCCCUCCCUCCUUCUCCAUCUCAUCGCACCACGCAGCAGCGUUCUCUACCGAGUAGAGCGUCUUCACACGAGUCGAUAUGAAGAACGUCGAGCCACCGCUGCCCCACUCGAGUGCGACAGCGUCGGGCGUCAGCACCCUCUCCAUCAUCCGCCGCUCGUCCCGAGGCAUCCACACCUUCAUCGGCAGAUUCUCGCGGAUCCUGGCGACCUGACUGUCCUCCACUGGGGUGGGUGCCGCGGCCUUGAUCUCGGUGGCAGGUGGUGCAGCUGUUGUGCACGUGCGUAUGCCUCUGAAGAUGGCGGUGCGGACGCCCCACUCGAAGGCGAGGAGGCCGGCGCCGACGCUGCUGAUGACGAUGAUGAGGAUGGUGCCGACGAUGCUCUUGGCCAACGGGUUGUUGCCCAGGAGGGAGGUGGAUGCGGCACCAUGGUCAGAUUUCAUGCUGAGACUAGGCAAAGGGAGAGAAGCGGAGAGAAGACCAGAAAAGUGAAGAAAAGGAAAG